CUCAUCACAGCUAAUCCAUCUUUCGCAGCUUACGCUCGGUAAUCUGUUGCCUUGUCAACGAUGCAAGGCCUCGCAGCAACUUCCAAGCUGUCACUGGCCGUCGUGGCCGCGGUGCUUCUGCUGUGCUCGUCGGCGGGUGCCGCCCACGGCCUGAGGAGGGUCGUCUCCAGCAGCUCCGACGAGCCGUGCAACGAGAUGACGCUCUACUACCACGACAUCCUCUACAACGGCGUCAACAACACGCGGAACGCGACGUCCGCGGCGGCCACCAAGCCCACGGCGCUGAGCACGACCCACUGGAAGAACGGCACCUACUUCGGCACGCUUGUGGUGUUCGACGACCCCAUGACGGUGGGGAAGGCGCUACCCGUGGCGGGGGAGGAGCCCGCGGCGCGCGCCCAGGGCUUCUACUUCUACGACAAGCAGGAGUCUUACACCUCGUGGUUUGGUUUCUCCAUUGUCUUCAACUCCACGGCGCACAAGGGCACCAUGAACCUCGUCGGCGCGGACCUCAUGGAUGACAAGACGCGGGACCUCUCCGUCGUCGGCGGCACUGGCGAUUUCUUCAUGGCGCGCGGCAUCGCCACGCUCCGGCUCGAUGCCUCCGAGGGAACCGUCUACUUCCGUCUGCAGAUGGACAUCAAGCUCUACGAGUGCUACGUCUGACAAUUUAUAUUAGGAUGACAUACUGCUGUUUUCUAUGCUCUCUGAUUUAUCUUUGGUGUGUGAGGGCAGGUUUUGAUAAGUAUGUGAAAUGCACUGCAUUUUUAUCCGUCUUUACUGUUUACUUUGUAAGUGUUAGUUUAGGAGAGGUAUCUCUUCUAUAUAUUAUCUA